AUGCCAAUUGUAAAGCGAAAAGGUCCUUCAGAGUCUAUUCAGAAGGGAAAACUAAAGAAAAAAUGCACAGAAGCAACAACUGUGUCUAAUUACACGACAAAACGGUCGCUUUUAGAGCUUCUUCCAUACGAAAUUUUGGUAGAAGUUUUUUUAUUAUCCAAAAACGCUAAUUUGCCGGUUUGUUCAAAAAUUCUUUGGCAUCGGCUCUCAUACAACUCUUCAAGAAACUUUAAAUUGUCCAUACAGUUUACGUUAAUGUUUAAUCGAAAAAGCGUAAUAUUAGCGACCCAACAUGCACUUGCGAGACGAUACUUUCGUCUAACAACAUUAAAGACAAUUGACGAUUUGGCAGCUCGUGGCUUCAUUCAAUUGAAUAGCAGGGAAACUAUUAUUGAUGGAAAAAUAGUUCAUCAAUCAUUUAAGGGAUUUAUCCCCCGUCGUAUUCUCCUGCUGCCAGAAUCUGUAGACUUUAUACGCAACUUGAAGCUUCGAGGCUUCUUUAUUAAAGAAUCAACGCUAUCUCAUGCUCUUUUAUUAAGUCUUAAACGUGGUAACCAUACUACAAUUGAAAGAGUAUGCACAAUAGUCAGCCAAGAUCUGUGUGAAGACAAACCAACUUGCGAUGAGGGCUUCAUAUUUCAAAACAGUUUUGAUUAUUGCAUUCUAAAGGAUUCGCCAACGUUAAUUCAGUAUAUUUAUAAAUGUUGGAAUGAGUCACUGCGGGCUCGACUUCCUCGCCAAACAGCUGAUGCUUUUCUUGCCAAUCUAUUAGAACACGCUGUGAAGCAAAAAGCAAAGAAAACUACUACUUGGUUUAUACAAAAAGGAAUUAUUCCAAAUCUAAACACUUUACUUAUGUUACAGGGAAGGUAA